CUCAAGGUGAAUGAACAUUAGAAACUAGCCACAUAAAAAUUGUGACGAUAAGAUUUAUGCUUUCUUCAAUCAAAAUGAUUCAAAACAAACCAAAAACAUCAUAACAAUUGUUAAUAGUGAGAGAAACAUGGCUUCAACAAAAAUAAACUCUUUAACAACAACAAUCUACAAUUACAAAUCCCCAAGAAGAUACAUUAACCACAAAUCCCAAAACCAAAUCAAACUAAUUUCAAAUUCCCUAAACCCAAAACCCAACACAACACAGCUUCCCAACACUCUCUACAGUGUCAGCUUCAAGACUAUUGGAACAGGUAAGCUUGGCAUCUCCAGAUAUCCCGAUUUCGAAUACUCUCCUCUAGGUGGCUCUGGUGCCGGAACCGCCAAGAAAAUCGACGACAAAAACAGAGCAUCAAACUCUGAAUUGUCUGUUUGUUUCAAUGUGGCCACUCUUUAUAUUCCUUCUCUCACUAGCCAAACCACGAAGUUUCUCGGCUUUCCAUUGCCACCGUUUCUAAAAAUCGAUAUCUCACCGGAGAUUUUCCAAGGAACUAUCAACCAAGAAUCCGGGAAGGUGGAAUUGGAGUUUAUGGCGAAGUUCUUUUUCACGGCGGGAGGAGGGAUAUACAGAGCUCCGGCGUUGGUGGUGAGAACUGUGUUGACGACGGAGGAAUCGAUAGGAGAGAACAAGAGAGGGAAAGGAGAGAGACUGGACGAAGAAGGAAAGUGUAGACUCGUCGGCGUCGCGAAAGUUGAGACCAUCGACGAUUUGUUUAUGAACACGUUCCUCUCUCUUCCGGCGGAGUGUCUCGCCGAUCUACAAGCUAUUAUUUCAGUCUCUGAUAAUCAAUCUUGAAUCUUAAUGAUAAACCAUAAAUAUUUGAGUUGAAGUUGAUUAAUUAUUUGUUUACUUAAAAAAAAGUCUUACACUUAGGAUUUGAAUAAAGAAUAUGUAAUGGGUGGCCAUGGAAAAUAAAAGAUGAGAUAAUGGGUGAUGAUGAGCAUGGAACACAACAAAUUACAGCUUGAAGAAGUAAAUGCGAAUUGACACAUAUCUUAACACUUGUUUGUUUGUGCAUUGUGAUUACGAAAUUUAUAUAGUUUAUUUGACCGACGUUGUAAUUUGAUGAUUUUUGUUGUUGUUGGAGAAUUGAUUGAAUACUGUAGAUGACUACUUGUGACGAAAGAGACUUUUUUAAUAUA